AUGCUGACCCUCCUCGCCAUUUUUUUAUCAUCUAUCCCAGCCAUCAUUGCCCGUCAAUCUGUAUUUUCGUGCCCUCUUAGCCCCGGAUUGUCCGGAUUACCCGGAGUUAUCCCCGGAUAUGCCGGGAUCGGAGAAGUGUAAGUUAAUUUAACAAAAAAUUAAAUACUACAUCUCAAGCAGAUUACUGCCCUCUUAAAACUUAAAUUUAGACCUAUAAAUGUACAUAAUUUUAACUCUUCAGUCAUCAAAAUAUCUUACUUUAGAUGUGGAUCGGGCUCAUUCCUCCAUUAUUGGAUAUGCUGCGAGGAUUAUCCCUUCGAAUGUUGCUUUCAGUUUGAGACCUGGGCCAUGUAAGUUUGUUUUACAUCAGUUUUCAUAAAACUGACUUAAUUUCACUAUCAAAAAUAAUGAUUUUAUAUUGUUUUAGUGUCCUCUUCGCGGUAGUUUUGGUUCUAUUGGUGGGAGCUGGCCUCUUCGCGUUGGGUCGACUGAUUGCUACAAGAUAUUAA